GUGUAUAUUUACAGUGUUUGUUGAGCAGUCUUCAGUGCAACUUGUUUCUGAGUGUGAUUAGUUAUUGUGUUCAGUGAAUCAAGUGUAAAUACCUAAGGAAAAUUAUUUGGUGAUAUGACUUACGACGGUUCAGAUUAUGAGGAUCACGAUGAUCCCAAAGGCCAGGGGCAGCCGCCACCAUACACCGAGAGCGCAACAGACCUGCCCCCCACUGAGAGAGCUGCCACCACCACCACCAUGCAUUCUACCACGUCAACCGCCAUCGGCGUCGGCGCAGCGGUGACCGUCGUGACUGCCCAACCGACCUACCCUGCGUACCCCACAGCAGUCGUGUACCAGGGGAACUUGAACUAUGUACCAGCCGUCAACGUGGGACAGGGACCCUUCAUAGGCCCCAAGGAGUCACCAAUGACCUGCCCGUCCUGUCAGCAGAGGAUUACCACUAAAGUUGAAUACAAGGCCACCAUGAGAACUCACGUUUGUGCUCUCGCGUUCUGUAUGGUUGGACUUCUACCGUGCAUGAUCAUCCCAUACUGCGUGAAGGGUUGUCGCAACGCCGACCACUACUGUCCCGAGUGCAACGCCUUCCUCGGCACAUACAUGCGAGUCUGAUAAUAUUACUGUCUUAAAUAUGGAUGUAAGAAAUAAUGUUCCUCAAACCAGUCCUGUAAUAUGAGAAUAUCUAGUCAACAUGACUGCACUACGCAUUUAGAAACGGCAUCUAUUUAGAACUAAGAACCAUUUUCCUCUCCUGACCAUUGUCGAUGGAUUUCGGAGGAAAUGUCGGAUACGAAAAAUGGCGCUUGGCGUUUUGUAAGAUGACGUACGUAGAAUAGGGAGAAGGUUGCGGAGAAGGAAAUAUCCCAAAGCCUUUUCAGUAGGUUAAUAUUUUUAUUUAGGUAAUGAUUUUGUAAAUUGUGAUGUCAGGUACUUAAUAUGUCACUGUCAUUGUCAUUACGAAUGUCAUUCCUGUGUAAAAUGUAUCUGUGCUGUCGGUCUCCAAAUAAACGUCGUGUGGUUGACUCUGCCUUUUUCUUUCGGAUCCUUCAAUGGCGACGAGGACAAACAAAAUCAAGCAAGCAAAAUGUCGAUCGGGAAGAUUGCCGAAUUUAAGGUGCUUAGUGACGAUUGGAAAUUAUAUGUGGAACGCUUAGAACAAUAUUUCUUGGUAAACAAAAUAGCGGUUGAGUUGCAAGUACCAACGCUGAUAACCGUGAUGGGAGCGGAUGCAUAUGAACUUUUGGUCAACUUGUGCACACCGGAAAAGCCGACGACCAAAACAUUUGCACAGAUUUCAGACAUUAUGGGGAGGCAUUUACAACCCAAACCAAGCGAAUUAGCCGAAAGAUAUAAGUUUAGGCACAGGAAGCAAAAAGAUGGCGAGUCUAUAUCGGAAUAUACGGCGGUUUUGAAGAAAAUGUCCAAGACAUGCGAAUUCGGUUCCUGGCUUGAAGAAAGUUUGAGAGACCAACUAGUUUGUGGCAUAACCAACGAAAUGAUACGACAGCGACUAUUCGCCGAAAGCAAGUUGGGUUUCGGCCGGGCGUAUCAAUUGGCAGUUAGUUUGGAGGCGGCAGAAAAAGACGCGGCAGAAGUGGUUAGACAUGGAGGGUCAGCCACGGGCAGUGAAACGGCGGCGGCGGCGUCGGUGCCGUGCCAAGCAAUGUCAGCAGCGAGGCCGGCAAGGCGGAGUGACGCACGUGGCGUCAGCGGAGUGGCGCGGGAGACCACUACGCGGACCGGGUGGAGGCGAGGCGUGCGCGCACCGGCAGCGCCAGCGCCCGCCCGGCUGGGUGAGCGUGCGCAGCAGCGGUGCCAAGUGUGUGGUGCAAAUCACGACACAGCCACGUGCAAGUUUGUGCGUUACGUUUGUAGGGUGUGCAACCGACAGGGACAUCUGCAACGCAUGUGCCCGAAUGUAGUGGAACACUGCAACGUGGACAUCGAGCACUCAAGGGAAGACAAUGGAAGUACAAGUGCAGAGAGUGACGAGGUAAUUGUUAUUGAUGUUUGUAAAUUGGACGUUACAAAAUGCAAACCGGUAUAUAUAGAGUUAAAAGUUAAUGGUAAAAACCUUAAAAUGGAAUGUGACACCGGUAGUGCUAUCUCAUGCAUAAGCCAGGAAGGUUAUAGGAGAUUAUUUACCGAUUUAUGCCUUGAGCCUUGUAAUUUAAUGCUAAAAUAUUAUACGGGGGAGACAGUCAAACCCCUAGGAGUAAUAUUACCAAUGGUUGAGUACAAAGAUACGUGCAAGAGGUUGGAAUUAUUUGUUGUAGAGAAUGGGAAAACCAUUCUUUUAGGACGGCAAUGGAUGGCCGAAUUAAAAAUACAGUUACCUAUUGUGAAUUAUGAGUGUAAUAAUAUGACUAUGUUCAAGAAUGAAGUUUUUGACUUGCAUGCUUUCAGUUCCAAAUACUGUGAGGUGUUCGCGGAUGGUCUGGGUCGGUUCACCGGUGGCAGGGUGAGCGUGCACGUGCGCGAGGGAGCGCGACCCGUGUUCAUGCGCGCGCGCCCGCUGGCUUACGCACUGCGGGAGCCGGUCGAGCGCGCGCUGGCCCAGCUGCAGCUCGACGGCAUUCUCUCACCGGUGGAGCGCUCAGACUGGGCGACACCGAUUGUACCAGUCGUCAAAAAGGACGGUAACAUUCGAAUUUGUGCUGAUUACAAACUGACACUCAAUAAAGUUAUAGAAGUUGACCGCUAUCCGCUGCCUAGGGUAGAAGAACUGUUGUUUAAGUUGAAGGGUGGUGAACAUUUUAGUAAAAUUGAUUUGUCACAGGCCUACGCUCAAUUUGAACUAGAUGAUACUAGGAAAUAUACUGUGAUUAAUACCCAUAAGGGUUUAUUUAUGUACAACCGGUUAGUUUAUGGACUAUCAUCGAGUCCGGGAAUUUUUCAAAGACGAUUAGAGCAACUUUUUAAUGAUAUACCUCAAGUUGGUGUUUUCUUGGAUGAUAUUAUAAUCACAGGAUUUACUAGGGAAGACCACAUGCGGAAUUUAUGUCAGGUAUUCGAUCGUUUAAAGAAGUACGGUCUGAGAGUAAAGAGAGAAAAGUGUGUAUUCUUUGCGAAGUCGAUAAAUUAUUUAGGGCAUACCAUUAGUAAAGAUGGCAUUCAUACUUGUCCAGAUAAGGUUAAGGCCAUAAAUAAGAUACCCCCUCCUACGAAUGUCAGUGAGUUGAGAGCAUUCAUCGGUAUGGUCAUGUACUAUGGCAAGUUUGUAAAGAAUGUUAGUACAGUUCUAGCACCACUCUAUAACUUGCUUAGAGCAGGUGUUAAGUUCAGUUGGAGUAAAGAGUGUCAAGAGGCAUUCACCAAGGUUAAACGCUUGUUAGGAAGUAGUGACGUUUUGAUGCACUAUACACCGGAGUUACCCAUAAUUUUGACACGUACGACGUACACCCAAUCCGGUUGGCCUCUAACUUGUUCGGACGAUUUAAUUCAGCCUUAUUUUAGAAGACGUAAUGAGCUAUACACAGAAGGAGGGUGCUUGAUGUGGGGUUACCGUAUGGUCGUACCAGUUUCAUUACAAAAUAUAGUUUUAAAACAACUUCACAGUAGUCAUAUGGGAAUAGUGAAGACAAAGAGCCUAGCUCGUAGUUACGUGUGGUGGCCUAACAUAGAUGCGGCGGUAGAAGAUAUGUGCAAGCAGUGCGAGACUUGCGCGGCGGAGGCGGAUGCCCCUUGUCGGGUUCCGAUACAACCGUGGCCGUACCACACGCGCCCAUGGACCAGGUUGCAUGUGGAUUUCCUGGGUCCAUAUAAAGGUUUAACAUUUUUUGUAUUAAUCGAUUCUACUUCUAAGUGGAUUGAAGUUUUUGAGAUGAAACAUACUAACGCUGCCAAUGUUAUUAAGGUAUUAAGAUCCACCUUUGCGAGAUUUGGUCUACCAGAAGAGUUAGUAUCGGAUCAAGGCCCACCAUUUACCAGUGCUGAAUUUAAAAACUUCCUUAAAAAUAAUGGUAUACAACAGAAUUUUUCACCUGCUUACCACCCAUCGUCAAACGGAGCAGCAGAGAACGCAGUUAAGUUAUGUAAACGAGCCAUCAAGAAGGCGUAUAGGGACCAGUUGGAUAUUGAUACCGCUUUACAAACCUUCCUUUUAGCUUAUCGCAAUACGGUACACGGUACCACCCGGGAAACGCCAGCCAUGCUUCUACAAAGACGGACAUUACGGUCGAGGCUAGAUCUGUUGCGUGCUGAUCGUGUCGUAGAGCACAGAGUACGAGAAGCACAGACGCGUCAGGUAGAAUACGCUGGUGGAACGCCGCGUAAAUUUACAGAGGGGGACUUAAUUUGGGCGCGAGGGUAUGGCUCAGGGGAUAAAUGGGUGAAAGGCACAGUACAAGGGGUGGACAGUUUACGUAGAUAUUCAGUAGUGGCGGAUAGCGGUCAAUUAUGUAAAAGACACAUAAAUCAAAUGCGGCGUAGGUCCUGUUUUUCGGAUGUUACCGGUCCGGAAGGGUAUGAUGAGAGUCAGCAAGGUGAGGAGAAUGUUGUCGAGCCGUUAAGCGAGGGUUCAGAAGGUCUAUCUCUGACAGAAACAGAGGCUAAAAAUAAUAAUGAUCAGAGCGAACAAGCUGAACAGUCCUCACCUAAGGUUCUAAUGCCAUCUGAGUCACCAGUGAAUCGUUAUCCCAGGCGGAAUCGGAAACCGGUUCAAAGAUAUGAUAUAUAAGCUAGUUCAUAAGAAUAUCAGUGUUAAGUAGUGUUAAAGGAUCGUAAGGUUAAAUUAGUUAUAAGUUUUCAUAUUGUGAGCCUAAUUCUAGAAUAGCGGUGGAGGUGUGAUGUCAGGUACUUAAUAUGUCACUGUCAUUGUCAUUACGAAUGUCAUUCCUGUGUAAAAUGUAUCUGUGCUGUCGGUCUCCAAAUAAACGUCGUGUGGUUGA